CAGCGCGUCUCGACGUGAGAAGGAGUAUUCCGGCGGUGCUGCAAUAGCUUCCGGCGGAGCUUGGAUGUUGAUGUCCUGCCUCUAAAGCUCAGCGAGGUCCGGAGGUGUCCGGAGGAAUUCUUGUGUUUGUUGCGGUAACCUCAUCAGUCUGCCAAGAUGGCGAUGCAAGCUGCCAAGAGGGCGAACAUUCGACUUCCACCUGAAGUAAAUCGGAUUUUGUAUAUAAGAAAUUUGCCAUACAAAAUCACAGCUGAAGAAAUGUAUGAUAUAUUUGGGAAAUAUGGACCUAUUCGUCAAAUCAGAGUGGGGAACACACCUGAAACGAGAGGAACAGCUUAUGUGGUCUAUGAAGACAUCUUUGAUGCCAAGAAUGCAUGUGAUCACCUAUCAGGAUUCAAUGUUUGUAACAGAUACCUUGUGGUUUUGUACUAUAAUGCCAACAGGGCAUUUCAGAAGAUGGACACAAAGAAGAAGGAGGAACAGUUGAAACUUCUCAAGGAGAAGUAUGGCAUCAAUACAGAUCCACCAAAAUAAAUGUUGUUUUCUAUAUUUUGGACUAAAACCCAUGAAUGACAGCCACCACUUUUUUUUUCCUUUUUAAUAAUUACUGAAUAUUGUGAUUUCUUAUUUGGGGUUCAAAACGAGCUGCUUAAAACUUUGAUACAUAUUAGAAUAUAUUAUGUUAAUAAACAUGUAGAUUUUUGUGAAA